AUGGAGAACAACAAAAAGCUGGUAGCCCUGCAGAUCAUAUAUCUUCUUGGCUUGAGUUUCGUCUUCUGCCUAUCACUAGCAAUAACUGAUGGAGGCAUGGGAUUACUCCACCACAAAGCUGAAUUUAAGGCAGAGGAGGAAAAGAGUGGCAUGCAAACUUACAUUGUUUGGGUGAAAAAGCCGGUAAGGAAGCUAUUUUCAGAAUCUCGUCGAGAUUUAAAGAGUUGGUACAAAUCAUUUUUGCCAAAAACUGUUGCAAGCUCAAAUGAGGUGACGGAUGACCGAAUGGUAUACACAUAUCACCAUGUGGCUACUGGCUUUGCAGCAAAGCUGACAGCAGAGGAAGUGAAAGAAAUGAAGACCAAAGAUGGGUUUAUAUCAGCUCAUCAAGAAAGGAUUCUCCCAUUGCACACUACCCAUACUCCAAACUUCUUGGGGUUGAACCAAGGAUCGGGACUCUGGAAAGGAUCAAAUUAUGGUGAAGGCAUCAUCAUUGGAGUUCUGGAUACUGGAAUAACACCAGGUCAUCCCUCAUUCAGCGAUGAAGGAGUUGGACCUCCUCCAGCUAAAUGGAAAGGCAAGUGUGAUUUCAGUGGUGCAUUCUGUAACAACAAGCUUAUUGGUGCCAGAAGUUUCCAGGGGGGAAAAUCUACUGGAGAUCCACCAGUUGAUGUUGAAGGACAUGGAACACACACAUCGAGCACAGCUGCAGGAAAUUUUGUGCAAGGCGCAAACGUGUUUGGAAUGGCAAAUGGAACAGCCUCUGGCAUGGCACCUUAUGCUCACUUGGCAAUGUACAAAAUCUGCUCUGAAGCCGGUUGUUCUGAAAGUGACAUCGUAGCUGCUAUGGACACUGCUGUUGCCGAUGGAGUCGACGUGCUCUCCCUCUCACUUGGUGGUGGCUCAGCUCCUUUCUAUGAAGAUGGAAUAGCAGUUGGUGCAUUUGGUGCAAUUCAAAAGGGAGUUUUUGUCAGCUGCUCAGCUGGAAACUCAGGUCCUGGUUAUGGUACUUUAUCUAAUGAAGCCCCAUGGAUUCUAACUGUUGGAGCAAGCACUGUUGACAGAAGCAUAAAAGCAACAGCAAAACUUGGAAAUGGGCAAGAAUAUGAUGGGGAAUCGUUAUUCCAGGAUAAAGACUUUAGUCCAGAUUUGAUACCUCUUGUUUAUGCUGGUGCAUAUAGCAAUGAUUCAACAGCUCUGUGUGACGUCGGAACCCUUAAUGGUGUUGAGGGAAAAGUUGUGUUGUGUGAAAGAGGUGGAGGAAUUGGAAGAAUUGCCAAAGGAGAAGAAGUCAAAAGAGCAGGUGGUGCUGCCAUGAUCCUCAUGAACCAAGAGAUUGAUGGCUAUAGCACCUUAGCUGAUCCUCAUGUGCUUCCCGCAACACAUUUGAGUUAUGCUGCAGGUGUCAGCAUCAAGCAAUACAUAAGCUCCACUGCAACACCUACAGCCACAAUCUUGUUCAAAGGCACUGUCAUCGGUGAUCAAAAUGCUCCCGCAGUCACUUCUUUCUCAUCAAGAGGACCAAGCCUGGCAAGCACAGGAAUCUUGAAACCUGACAUCAUUGGUCCCGGUGUAAGCAUUCUAGCUGCAUGGCCUGUUUCGGUGGACAACGGGACAGAAUCUACGGCCACAUUUAACAUGGUUUCAGGUACCUCAAUGUCAUGUCCUCACCUGAGUGGCAUUGCAGCCUUGCUCAAGGGCUCACACCCCGACUGGUCACCAGCCGCCAUUAAGUCUGCAAUUAUGACAACUACUGACAGGGUAAACCUUGGAGGCCAGCCUAUUAUUGAUGAAACACUUGAUCCAGCAGAUGUCUUUGCCACUGGUGCAGGACAUGUUAAUCCACGAAGAGCAGCUGACCCCGGGCUAAUCUACGACACAAAACUAGAGGACUACAUUCCGUACCUGUGUGGUUUGAACUACACAGAAAGUCAAAUACAGAUAAUCACCCAACAGACGGUGAAGUGCUCUGAAGUAGGAGUCAUACCAGAAGCGCAGCUAAAUUAUCCUUCAUUUUCUCUUAUAUUCCGGGACCUGUCUGAGUCUCAAACUUACACAAGGACCGUGACAAAUGUUGGACCAGCCAAUUCAACUUACCACUGGGAAAUGUUGAUACCAGAUGGAAUUCAAAUGAGUGUGAAUCCUGCGAUGCUUACGUUUACAGAGGUUGGCCAGACAAUCACAUACAGUAUAGAUUUCAUCCCGGAACAACAUGCAGGGUCGGAUCUACCAUUUGCUCAGGGUUAUUUGAGGUUGUACUCUGGUCAGCAUUCUGUUACUAGUCCCAUAUCUGUGAUCUUCGACACCCAGCAGUGAGAUCAGAACUGGAUCCAGCAAAAGCUAAUUGCAAGAUUCGAUAAAAUAAAACUAAGAAUGGAAGCUCGGAAUAACUGCCAUGCGAAUGGUUUAAUUGGAGGAAGAUUUAGUUUUUCUGAGAUCAAACAUCUCUUACAGUUUUACGAUCUCAAUAACGUCAUGUUUACCUGAUAUUUGGUAUACGCAGUCAAUCUUAUGAGUUAAUAGUAAUUCAAAUAACUUUUUAUACGGCAGUAAAGGUAGGAAAGGUAUGAGUUCUGCUGGUAAUUGGUCCGGUAGUCUUCUUUGAACUGCUUCAAAUUUGUAGCUUACACAAUAUACCCAACAUUAUAUUAAGCUUGAAGCAAAUGAGU